AGAGGUAUUUAACUUGGCUUAUCGCAGGUUCAGCAAUACAGCAUGAGUCUAUUAAAGAUCCCUUUCGUCGUGGCCUCGGCCAUUGGCACGCAGAUCUCAUUGACUUCUCCCUCGACAUCCGAUUCAAUCGUCAGCCUGCUUCUAGAUCUUCAGAUUCCAAACGUGUUCAAGAUUAUUGUAUGGACAGCAACAUCUGUUGAAGUGGCCAACAUACUGGCCAUGCAUAUAGGUCCUUCGCAGAUUCCAGAGGGCAUCUAUAAUACUAGUGCUGUGCAGCUUUUGUACGCACUUCAUCCCACGCCAAUCACUCCCGCUCUCGUUGCUGGCAGUCUUUUUGUCAUGGUGGGCGGCGUGUUGAGACGUUAUUGCAUGUCGACCUUGGGAAAGUUCUGGAGCUUCCGGCUCAGCGUCAAAAAAGAGCACAGAAUCGUGACAAACGGACCGUACUCUAUCGUCCGUCAUCCAAGUUACACUGGUGCGCUUCUCCAAUAUGUCGGGUUGGUCAUCAUGCACGGGAGCGAAGAGUCGUGGAUGAGGCAGUCUGUCUUUCUACAACUGCCUUACAUAAAAGUAUUAGCAGCGGUCCUCUUCUGCACACUUACAGUAGGCGCUUUGACUAUCUUCAAGCGACGUUCAGUGGAGGACAAGGUGCUGCAGCGUGCUACGGGAGAGGAUUGGGCGAAUUGGGCAAAGAAAGUAAAAUAUAGAUUACUUCCUGGAGUUUAUUGAU